AUGAAAACAGUAGCACUCUUAUCCCUGGCCGGCCUGGCCUGUGCCCAGGCUGCUGGGUACGGCCAAUGUGGCGGAGUCAGUUGGACCGGGGCUACAACCUGUACCUCUGGCUGGACUUGCCAAUAUCAGAAUGAGUGGUACAGCCAGUGUCUCCCAUCUACUGGCAGUGGCACCACUACUACUCUCACCACAAAGGUCUCAACUUCGACAAGCGCCACUAAAACCACCACUACAACAAAGCCAACCAACACUAGUCCUAGUGGAACAGGGUUCCCCACUACAAAUGGACUGGCAUUUGAAAUCGAUGGAAAGACAAGCUACUUCGCCGGUUCCAAUUCCUACUGGAUUGGCUUCCUCAAUAACAAUGCCGAUGUGGAUACCGUCUUCGACCACAUGGAUGAAUCCGGCCUCCGAAUCCUCCGAGUUUGGGGAUUCAACGAUGUCAACACUGUUCCAUCUGCUGGAACUGUCUAUUACCAACUCCUGAAAGAUGGAACUGCCACCAUUAACACCGGUGCAGAUGGCCUGCAGCGUCUCGACUACGUGGUUGCCUCCGCCGAGGCACGGAACGUGAAACUCAUUAUCAACUUCGUUAACAACUGGUCUGACUACGGCGGUAUGGCUGCCUAUGUCACUGCCUUCGGUGGCAGCCAGACAAGUUGGUACACAAACACUGCAGCUCAGACGGCCUACCGUGCCUACAUCAAAGCUGUUGUUUCUCGAUACAUCAACUCGCCUGCCAUCUUUGCAUGGGAGUUGGCUAAUGAGCCCCGCUGCAAUGGCUGUGCCACCUCGGUUCUUUACAACUGGAUCAAGUCUACCAGUGCCUAUAUCAAGUCUCUGGACUCGAAGCAUAUGGUCGCCAUCGGUGAUGAGGGCUUCGGACUGGACCUCAUGUCUGAUGGAAGCUAUCCCUUCAGCUACGGCGAAGGUCUGAACUUCACCAUGAAUCUGGAUAUUGAUACCAUCGACUUUGCUACAUUCCACCUCUACCCAUCGAGCUGGGGAACCAGCAAUGACUGGGGUAACCUGUGGGUCGAAUCCCAUGGAGCUGCCUGUGCAGCAGCUGGCAAGCCCUGUCUCUUUGAGGAGUACGGUGUCACCUCCGAUCACUGUACCAUCGAGGCUCCAUGGCAGAAGACGGCGCUGGCCACCAAGGGUGUUGCAGCUGAUCUCUACUGGCAGUAUGGAGAUACUCUCAGCUUUGGAAAAUCCGCCGAUGAUGGAAACACCUUCUACUACGGAACUAGCGAAUUUACCUGUCUGGUGACCGACCACAUCGCAGACAUUGAAGCCCAAUCCUAA